CCCGGAGCCCGGAGCCGGAGCUAGAGCCUGGACCAGAACUUGGCCGCCGCCUGCAGCCCCGUCGCCGCCGACUCCCGCCGCCCUGCUCAGCGCCUUUGCCGCCUCGGCCGCCACCGCUACGAGCUCGGUCGCCAGUGGUCCGCGGACUUAAGGUGUCCGGGUUGAAGGUCGGUCCGGACGUCGGACCCAGCUCGGUUCCCGGACUGUCCGGGCGGCAGCGGACGCCGCCGCCGCCGCCGCCUUCUCGUUAGCCUCAGCCUGGCGUUUUGUUCCGAGAGACCCGAGAGGCGAGCGCAGCUGACAGUGAUUUUGACAGUGAUUUAAACCCGCUUUUGUUGUUGUUGGCUUUUCGUUGUUUGGUUUUGUGUGUUGUGCGUGUGUGUGGCGGUUUUUCCCCCGUGGUGCAUUUUUUUUUUUUAUUGUUGUGCUCUUUUUUUCCUCCUUAUUUUUUUCUUUUUUUAAACCCCGUGAACGUGUUUUUUUUUUUUUUUUUUCUUUUUCCUCUCGGGGCUUCCGAAUAUGUUUUAUGACGGUUGAUUUUACACCAGGAGGUUUGUCUCCGAGGAAGACCCAGGGGACUGGAUAUCUAGCGAGAACUUGCUACGGCUUCCCUGGCGCCUCGGGAAAAUGGGAGCUGCUGCAAAGUUGGCGUUCGCCGUCUUUCUUAUCUCUUGUUCUUCAGGUGCUAUACUUGGUAGAUCAGAAACUCAGGAGUGUCUUUUCUUUAACGCUAAUUGGGAAAGAGACAGAACUAAUCAGACUGGUGUUGAACCCUGUUAUGGUGACAAAGAUAAACGGCGGCAUUGUUUUGCUACUUGGAAGAAUAUUUCUGGUUCCAUCGAAAUAGUGAAACAAGGUUGUUGGCUGGAUGAUAUCAACUGCUAUGAUAGGACUGACUGUAUAGAAAAAAAAGACAGCCCUGAAGUAUAUUUUUGUUGCUGCGAGGGCAACAUGUGUAAUGAAAAGUUUUCUUAUUUUCCGGAGAUGGAAGUCACUCAGCCCACUUCAAAUCCAGUUACACCUAAACCACCCUAUUACAAUAUCCUGCUCUAUUCCUUGGUGCCACUUAUGUUAAUUGCGGGGAUUGUCAUUUGUGCAUUUUGGGUGUACAGGCAUCACAAGAUGGCCUACCCUCCUGUACUUGUUCCAACUCAGGACCCGGGACCACCCCCACCUUCUCCAUUACUAGGUUUGAAGCCACUACAGUUAUUAGAAGUAAAAGCAAGGGGAAGAUUUGGUUGUGUCUGGAAAGCCCAGUUGCUCAACGAAUAUGUAGCUGUCAAAAUAUUUCCAAUACAGGACAAACAGUCAUGGCAAAAUGAAUAUGAAGUCUAUAGUUUGCCAGGAAUGAAGCAUGAGAACAUACUGCAGUUCAUUGGUGCAGAAAAACGGGGCACCAGUGUUGAUGUGGAUCUCUGGCUAAUCACAGCAUUUCAUGAAAAGGGUUCAUUGUCAGACUUUCUUAAGGCUAAUGUGGUCUCUUGGAAUGAACUGUGUCAUAUUGCAGAAACAAUGGCGAGAGGACUAGCAUAUUUACAUGAGGAUAUACCUGGCCUAAAAGAUGGCCACAAACCUGCCAUAUCUCACAGGGACAUCAAAAGUAAAAAUGUGCUGUUAAAAAACAAUCUGACAGCUUGCAUUGCUGAUUUUGGGUUGGCGUUAAAGUUUGAAGCUGGCAAGUCUGCAGGUGAUACCCAUGGACAGGUUGGUACCCGGAGGUAUAUGGCUCCAGAGGUAUUAGAGGGUGCUAUAAACUUCCAAAGGGAUGCAUUUUUGAGGAUAGAUAUGUACGCCAUGGGAUUAGUCCUGUGGGAACUGGCUUCUCGCUGUACUGCUGCAGAUGGACCUGUAGAUGAGUAUAUGUUGCCAUUUGAGGAGGAAAUUGGCCAGCAUCCAUCUCUUGAAGACAUGCAGGAAGUUGUUGUGCAUAAAAAAAAGAGGCCUGUUUUAAGAGAUUAUUGGCAGAAACAUGCUGGAAUGGCAAUGCUCUGUGAAACGAUAGAAGAAUGUUGGGAUCACGAUGCAGAAGCCAGGUUAUCAGCUGGAUGUGUAGGUGAAAGAAUUACUCAGAUGCAAAGACUAACAAAUAUCAUUACCACAGAGGACAUUGUAACAGUGGUCACGAUGGUGACAAAUGUUGACUUUCCUCCCAAAGAAUCUAGUCUAUGAUGGUUGCACCAUCUGUACACAGAGAAAUGGGACUCUGAACUGGAGCUGCUGAGCUAACGAAACUGCUUACAGUUUAUUUUCUGUGUGAAUUGAGUAGGAUGGAUCCUGGAAAUUUAAGAAAGAAAACCCUUGUUGGAAAAUGUGGUUCUGGGAGACAUUGCAUUGCCUACAGCACAGAUGUGAAGGACAUAAGACUAAGAAAAGUUGCAAACUGUAAAGAAGGUUUUGAAAAAGCUCAAAGAAUGUGGCCCUCUCCAAAUCAAAGAUCGUUUGGACCUGGCUAAUUGAGUGUUUGAAAACUGACAUCAGAUUUCUUAAUGUCUGUCAGAAGACACUAAUUCCUUAAAUGAACUACUGCUAUUUUUUUUUAAAUCAAAAACUUUUCAUUUCAGAUUUUAAAAAGGGUAACUUGUUUUUAUUGCAUUUGCUGUUGUUGUUUCUAUCAAUGACUAUUGUAAUGCCAAUAUGACACAGCUUGUGAAUGUUUCGUGUGCUGCUGUUCUGUGUACAUAAACAAAGUCAUCAAAGUGGGGUACAGUAAAGAGGCUUCCAAGCAUUACUUUAACCUCCCUCAACAAGGUAUACCUCAGUUCCACGGUUGCUAAAUUAUAAAAUUGAAAACACUAACAAAAUUUGAAUAAUAAACCGAUCCAUGUUUUGUAACAAGGUAUUACAAAUUCACUGUGUUAUUUAAGAAAAACAGGUAAGCUAUGCUUAGUGCCAAUGUUAAGUGGCCAUUCGUAAGCAGUGUUUUAGCUUUUCUUGUGCUGGCUUGUAAUUUAGGAGAAAAAAGUGCUGUUUUUUGAAAGGAAAAAAAUCGUGUCAUCUCCCUCAUCCUUCCAAGUUUUAAAGUUUCAUCUUAUAUCCAGGUCCCAAAAUACUGCAUUCUUUCCUAAGUAUUUUUUUAGAUGUACUGUGUUUGGGGAAUAUUUGAAAACUUAAAGCAUGAUUUAAAUUUUUAAGUGAGCUGUGACACUGGAAAGCUCUUUAUUUUAGCUUUUAAAAUAUUUUUUUCCUAUUUAUAUAUGUAAAAUUGUAGUGUAUUUCAUUUCACUCAACAGUGUGUGGGACGUUCUUAAUCACUGUUUUAGGAUCACCUCAGGAAAUGUCAUUACCCAAAAUUCCCCACUUUCUGCUUUGAGACUUGUUAACUCUAUCAGUAUACUUCUGCUUGGUGCCAUCUUGUCAGAGUAAUAUUUGAUGUCUGUGAUAUGUAAAGAAUUAUCCUAGGAUAGUGAUAAUAAACUUUAAGCACAGAUUUCAGAUGUUACUGCUUUAAAACAAAUCAGGGAUGAGUUGAACCUGUAACUUAAAAUAUGCAAUGACAUUUAGAGGUAACCAAUGUUGAUAUAGGUAACAUAGCCUAGCCUCCUCUCCAAAAUUGUUUUCACUAUUAACUGAUAUUAACUUAGGAUAGCUCAUGCCUUAUCCUUGCUUACAAAAUGGAAUUAAUGGUAGGUAGGUGCCAAAGUAAUUUUUAAAUCAAUAUUACAUUAGGAUAUAAUUGGAUUUGUGCUCAAAUUUACAUGGGCCAAAACUAAAACAAUUUCCUGAAUUUCUAGAUUACUAACCAACAAAUAGCCAGUAUUAUGUUAUGUACUAUUGUCAGGUCAUCUAAAAAUCCAUAGGUUGAUUUUUAUAAAAGAAUUUUUUACAAGUCACUAUCAGGAUCUCACUGUGAAUGUGUUAUCUUAAUGGUUAUUUUACCACACAGUACACUACAUUUUACACAUACCAUGCACUUAAUCUCUGGGAAUAAUAAAUUGUUAUUUAUAAAUAACACAUAGGUUGACAGACUCUAAGCAGGGGGGAAAGAAGAGUAACAGCAUUCUGGUUUGUGUGCCACACACUAUACAGCUAGAGAAAUAUUUGUGCUCUUGGUCACAUAUGUACCCAGGGUUUUAUUGUAUUCCUAAGAAUUCCCAUUUCAAUGAUGAGUUCCGUUUUUUAUUUUACAAAGUAUUUUCCUUCUCAAUUUCUUGCUUUGGUUUUGCUUCUAUUAUAAAACUAAUCAAGAAGGGAAAACAUUGAGAAUGCACGUAAGAAAAUUGUUGAUCUCCUGAUGACAAAUUUCUACCAGCUGCAAACAUUUAACCCUCUUUUUAAAAGAAAAAAAAUAAACAAGGGAUAUUGUAAUGAAUGUUUGGCUUAUGUGAGUACUAGAGAUAAAUUUUAUAAAACCAGCUAAUCACAAUAUAAAAUGUUUUCUCUUCAUGUUAGCAACAAUUUUUAGAAAUCCUGGAUAUUGUGCUUACCUCUAGCUAAACAAUUUGAAACUUGUAUCCAUUUGAGAACUAUAUUAAUAGAAAACCUUUUUUAUAAGCAGUAAAAUAAGAAUGUUCCAGUGACUACCUGUCCUGAUAUCUAGUCUUGUUAAAACUUUCUUUUGCAGGGCAUUUGGUGUUUGGUUUACAGUUAGUACAAAGUGGGCAAGUUAAGAGAAAGUUUCAGCUAGGGAUUAUGGAAAAAAGAUCAAAGAAUGAGAAAAAUGGUGAUCUGUUUUGGGGCAAACUGAGACCCCCAUUAACUUUUCCCUCAUUUGUAUGGUGCUCCUCAUGAUUUUUGUGUUUUGCCUUUCUGAUACCUAUCAGAGCUGCUGCUCUAACUUAUACUCUUUAUCUUGCCCAGAUCUCCUUUUAAGGAAUGCUUUAUGAUCAACUGCCAUAGGACUGAUGGAUUAACCAGUGUUUGGCUUUAUUUGAAGUCUAUGCCCUGCGCAGCUCUUGUAUGUAUUUUAGAUGCUAGGAAGUUUUCAGCAUGUGAUACGUGAUUCUUGUUUGAAUGUUUAUUCCAGGUACCUUGUGAAUUCCAGAACAGAGACUGUGCCUCACAAUUGUUGGUCCCAUGAACUUGCACUUUCAUGGUGAUGUUUUGAAAACACAAUCGGGAAGGAAAAAAAUUCUUAAAAUUUAAAAAUAGAAUCCUGUAUCAUGAAAUUAAAAAGUGAAUCCCUUCUGUCCCUUCUCCUCACUCCUCAGUUAACAGCUACAUCACGUAAAUGAAGGUGGUUGGGAAAAACCUUUGGCCAGAUGAUAGUUUAGUGGAAUAAAGUGAGUUUUUUUUUUUCCUAAGAGCAUCAUAGGUAUUUUCCAGUUUCUUUCUUACUUUUUUUGAAAAAUUACAUUUUAAGAAUAUUUGGUAUAAUGUGCAUAAAAUUAUUUACCAAUUUAUGGGCAAAAUGAUACAAGUAGCAUCUUGAUUGAACAUCAUUUACCUCAGAUAUUCAACCAGCAGUACGUUUUUUAUGCAGUCUCAACCCAUAUCCUAUUUGUUACCUCUCAAAAUAUUGGUAAGCAAUUACUUUAGCUUUACUCUGUAUUUCCUGUCAGUGUUUUUGGGCACAGGUUGUUGUACUACUGUCAAAUUGUACUUGCUAUUUUUUUCUGCAAGUAUUUAACAGAAAGCUUAAAAAAAAAAAAAAAAAAACCCCACCUUGGAUAAGUGAUUGUUAAAUAUUGUACAAAUAAAAUGUAUGCUAUCCCCAUUCCAUCCCCAAGUUAAAUAAAAAAUGAAUAUGGUA